UCUGCCCUGCCCUGCCCCGCCCCGCCCCGCGGGGGGCGGGGGUGGGGCGGGGGAGGAGGGGAGGGGGGGCGCCUCUUCCCGGCCCGCCGUCUUCGCCGCCACCUCGGAAUCGCGGGCCGCUGCCGUCGAGGUUCUUGAGAUGGGUAGCAGCGCCCUGGACCUGGACAAGCACGGACUGGCGCUGCUGGCCGCCAAGAGCGACGUGGUGAACGGCCGAGCGGCCGCUAGCUGGGCCCUCUUUGCCUAUGAAAAGGCCAACGAGCUGAAGCUCCUGGACUCAGGGGGAGGAGGCCCCGAUGAACUGGCCAAGCGCUUCCAAAGCGGGUGCAUCAUGUAUGGACUGUGCCGCCUGUUGGAGCCCACCGCAGGGGUGCCACAUAUCGUCCUGAUCCACUGGGUUGGCGAGAAAGUCCUGGAGUCACGCCAAGAAGCCUGCGCUGGGCACCUGCCAGCCAUCCGAGCCUUCUUUAAGGAAGCCCACCUGGUGCUGAAGGCCAGCCGGGUGGAGGAGGUAACCCAGGAAGGGCUUAACUGCCGGCUGUCCCUGGUGGCCCCCCCAGAAGCUGCCUUCCCCAAGAAGGACCUGAGUGGUGACCCUGAGGAAGUGGUGGGGACCAACUACCGGAAGACCAAUCCUGUCCUGGAGAUCCUGCACACCAAGAGGACCUCCUUCUGGGUGCAGGUGGAGAGGGAAGAGGAGGAGAGGCGCCAGGAGGAGAGGAGGAGAGCCCAGGAGGAGAGGCGGUGCUGGGAGCGCUUGCGCAUGGAAGAGGAGCGCCGGGAAGCAGCCGAGCGGGAGCGCCGGGUGCAAGAGAAGGAGAGGCUCAUCCAGGAGCAGAGAAAGCAGCAGGCCCAGCGGGAAGCAGAAGAGCACCAGUGGGAAGAGGCCCGGCGGCGGGAGCAAGCAAGAGCUAUGGCUGGGACGGGUCCUCGGAGCUGGGCCAGUGAGACGGCCCAGGAAGUGGCAGGGCCAAGUGGGCAUCAGCUUCCCAGGAGGGAUUUCUUCCAGACGAGAGAGCAGCUGAGCGCCUUGCGAGACCCAGGGCCAGGAGUGCCGCGGCGCCCUUUCCUCCGCUACCAGCGCAGCCUCACGGAAACUGCUUACAUCUUUCGCCGCCCCCCACCGCUGGACCUCCCGGGCAGUUUCCAGGCCCCCAUCGGCCCUAAGCCCAGCACUGCCCCCAAGCCAGCCUCGCCGCCCACCAGCACUCUGCCAGCUCACUGGGAAGCAGAGGCAGUGCCACUACCAUGCACCCCCCCCUGCCUGCUCCCCCCAGCCCUUGCCUGUGCUUUGAAUGGCACCCUAGCCGAGCCUCCCCACCUGGGCCCCUCUCCUGAAUCUGAACACUUUCUGGGACAGGAGAGCCCCCUUUUGACUCCUCUGGGGUCCUGCUUCCCCCUUAUGGAGGAAACUCAGGCCCCCAGCCAUACCCCCAAGGGACAAAUGUCCCCCAGCCCAGCCCAGGGCAUUAAUGGAGGGGCAAUGGACUGGAUGGAGCUGCCCAGCCCCACAGCGAACUCUCCCCCGAGGGCUGGCCUAGGGGAGACAGCCCCAAGAAAGGUGCUUCACCAGGAGCUGCUCCAGGCCAGGCUGGGUCCAUCCUGACUUCUGUGCGCAGAGGGUCAGAGGGAGAGAGAGGCUGGGCCGAGCAGGACAACCAGCCCCACGAUGGGCAGCUGGCCUGAGUGCCCGGCUUCUGCCCACUCAGCAGAGCUGAGGGUUCCUGCUUGGAGAAGGUGCACUGUCCUUGUGCCCGAGGGAGGCCCCCACCUGCACUUGCUGCCCACCUGCAGCCAGACCAGAGCAGCCACUGGCUCCCUGUACGUUCACAUGGGCUGAAACUGGGUCCGCCUGCUACUAGUGCUGUGGUCACAUAAACACGCAAUGUCCAAGCAAAUAAACCACUUUUUGGCUUUAUCAAA